AUGGAGAAGAAGCACCCUUUCUAUAUACGAUGGAUGGUUGGACUGAAAGAAAAGUGUCAGACUGGGAUUACCGUCCAAAAUAUAUUUGAUCAGAACAAGAAAAUCAUGGUAAGAUUUUAAAUUUAAGUUUUUUAAAUUUUGAUUAGUUUUGACCAUUUUUUAAUAAUUUUUAUUGAAUUUUUAAGUUUUUAAACGAUUUUAAAACCUGAAACACUAAAAUUUCAGAGUAAAUUCCUGCCAGCUGCAUUAAUGAUGCCAGUCGAAGCCAUUCUAGCCUAUUUCGCCUUCCAUGCCCUGAUAUUUUUGGCAUUAAUGGCACCGGUCGCUUCUGAAAUCAAAGGAGUUUUUGGAAGGAAAGGUCUUCAACUCACGAAACAUUUCAAUAAGAUGCGAACUGAGGUGAGGUUUUAGAUAUCAAACUUUGAAAAUUCUUAAAAAGUUGUAAUUUAAGCCAAAAAGGGAACUUUAGGCCUAAAAUGAACAUUUGGGCUUAAAAUGAAAAAAAUGUUUUAGGCUUAAAAAUUAACUUCCAGGCUUUAAAAUGAAUUUGUAGGCUUAAACGUGAAGUUUUAGGCUUAAAACGAAACUCAUUUUCUUAUUACGUUUCAAUUUCAGAUAUCCCUGGCCAUUCUAGCUGUCACAGCCACAAUUCAUUGGUUUGCCAUUCCAGCCUGGCUUGAUUGGAGUUUUUGGCUUCGUCCGGCUAUUAAUAUUCGACCACAGUUGGUAAGUUUUGUCAUUUUUUUCAGCUGGUUCCACAAAAGUCUUGUCGCCGAUUUGUAUUGCUUUGCACGAUUUAAAACCACAAAACUUUUGUGGAACUCUAAUAUUGGUGUUUUUCGAGAUGUAAAGAAAGUUCUUGUCUCUUUUGUCAAAAAAGUUUUUGACAUUUUCUGUUUUGUAAAGCAAGUUCUCACUAUUUUAUAUAUUUUUUAAAGGAUUUUUAAUUUCAGAAUCUAGUCCACCGUUGCAAGUCGGAACCCUGUCUCGGCUCGUCAGAAUCCAUCAAAGAGUCGAAGUCGGAAGCCGCUCCAUUGAAACGAUCUUAUUCGGCUAACUUUGAAUCCUCGUACGACGUUGGCCUGAACCUGAAGGUGAAGAAUAGUGUUCUGGACAAAUUGUUCGACCCAAUGGAUACUGUAACCGCGGGCUUGGAUGCCAUAAGCGGAAUGAAGGAAGUGACUUCAGAAGACUUACUUUAUAUUUCUGCGAAAUCGACUAAAUUAAGUGCAGAAGGCAUGGUUACUGACUCUAACCUUUGAAUGAAUAAAUAGUUAUUUUUAAAGGUUGAAGGGUGUUGUUUUAGAGUAAUCAAGGUUAAUAAGAUAGGUUAGGAAUGUAAUAACUUUUUGGAAGGAUAGGGGCUUGGCAUUUACUAAGCCUUGUCAUAGUUAUACCACAUCCUUAAACCUAUCUACAUAGGGCUACGCUGACCCCACGAGCAGCCUGAUCCUUCUUACCACGAACAGCCUGAUCCUUGGCAUUCCGCCGCAUCCCGCUCUCUCAGUCGAUGAUUGCCCCGAGGAAGAACAGCACAUGGAAGGACUUGGGAGACUCCAGCACGGACAAUCGAGGGUUGGCACGUUUAGCGAGAGGCUGCUCACGCCACCCCAAGUCGACCGAUCAGUCAAAAUAGGGAUUCGUAAUCGAUUCCUUUUUCCGAUAAUUUGUUUCAUUUCGUUUUACGUUUUUUUUUUGUUUUUUUGGUCGGUUUUUUCGGCUGAUAUGGAAACUUAUUAUACUAUUUUAACGGAAAUGUAGCAAAAACUGUUUCUUUCACCAACAGUUAUCAACUUAUUACACAGUCAAAAGUGUUAUUUUAGCCAAUUUGUCCGUAUAAUAUUUUGUUGGCUGUUGUAAAUUAGAGACAGAGUUUGAGAGUGUCUUGGUAAGUAUUUAAUAUUGUUUUCCCAUGUUUUAGGUUUGAUGUAACAAGAUUAUAACGAAAAUGGUAAUUUUUGAUAAAAGAUUCAACUAUAUACCGAAAGCGAAAGUGUAGAAGUAUUUUUUUAAACUAAAAUAACCUGAUGGCCUACUAUAAUAUCGGAAAGGAAGCUUUUCAAUAUGAGAAUUGAUUUCAUAUAAAUAGACAUUUUUGGUACCAUUUUAAUCGUCGUUUUUUACUGAUACGGCAUGUGUAAAGUCAAGAUGUCAAAAAUCAAAUUUGUAAAAGGAAUUGGACGUUGAUGUUCUUCAUCAUUAGAUCAAUCAAUAUUAAUAUGAAAUAAAAAUGGUAAAUUUGAACAGAUGAAGGACGUAUAUUUAAAAAAUAUAUGAUUUUCGUUAUUUAAAAAUUGCAUUGUUUCAUAAAAGUUUUUUACAAUUGCAGCUUUUAAUUCUAAAGUCGACCGUGAUGCGGCAAAAUGCCAAAAAGGAAAUAAUUCGUUUUCUAUUGGUUCGGGGUGGCGUGCUGCUCCGCUUGGGCCGUGAUUUUUAGGCUUCUACGAUUAUUGGGUUCAUAUAUAUACCUUACUGUAUCGCGUAUCGUAUAGUAAAUAGUAUUGAUCGUUAUAUCCUCGGCUCUUAUCGUAUAGUAAGCCUUAUAUCUUAUCGUUCCGAUUAUGUUACGGUCGUCCACGUAAAAAGAAUGGAAAACUUUGUGAUGUUUUUAAAUACGAUAUUGACGUGUAUUGGCGGGGUUGUCCAGUUUUUGGUUAAUACUCAUGUCUGAGGCAUUGUAAACAUUGUUAUUGCGGUAUGUUUAUAAAAUUUGUCAAUUCUUCCGUUUUGUCUUGAUUGGUUGGGAUGCACGUCAUACCAAAAAAUAAAAUUACAGAUACAAAUAUAUGUCUUGUCGUAGAGUGUUUGGCUUUUUUAUGAAAAUUUAUGAAACACUUUUAGAUCGUAUGUGUUAUCGAAGUUGUCUUUUCUGUGGCAACAAUUUAUGCACAAAGACAUAAUAUUGAAACUAUGUUUUCGUUGUCGGAGAUGGUCUCACGCAUCUUCGUAAUUGUUGGAUCCUUCGGUGAUAUUUUCACUUUGUUUUACACACUUGCUUCAGUUUUUUUCAAUAACGAUGGUGGGAUGAAGUGGGGCCACUUGUUUAUGGUACUGGUAAACUUAAUGUGUGCGUUUACUACGUUUCUAUUCGUCACCUUCAGUAAUACGGUAAGUAAAGGAGGCUAAGCGAGUAGUUAAGGCUUAGGCUAAUGCUCAGGCUUUAGCUAGAGCUUAGGCUAGGGCUUAGGUUGGGGCUCGGCUGGGGCUAUUGCUGGGACUUGUGUUUGGGCUGGGGCUGGAGCUAAAGCUAAGUCUAAGGUUCAGGCUUAGUUAGGCUAGAACGUAGGUCACUAGUUAGGCUCCGUUAAGACACUGUGGUUAAAUUUGCAUUAUUUUGUAAUAUUUUGUUUUAAAUUUUAGGGUGGACAAGAGUACUUUGCUCCUUAUGCGAAGUUUUUGCCAGCAUGUCUUUUUUUUUGUAUAUAUAGCUACUGCUAUAAACAGUGCUGCGUCAGUAGGCGACUGUGUGCUGAACACCGCAAACGCGGUCGAAGCACCGUUGUUCACCGUCAGUAGGACUGACGUGACUUACUUGACGUACUUUUGUGCUGCUCUGAUGGUUGUGGCGGCGUUGGCCUACGCCAUAUCGAUUUGUUUGAAAGAACGGCGGAGGUGUCUUAGACGGAAUGUAGAAAAUAAUGGAGGCAACGAGAUAGACUUGGUGGAGCUUGGAGGUCAAGGUUUUUUUAAUUUUAUGAUUACUUACAAUGUUUUCGUAAACUUGCCAGAAACUUCGUUGCUUACUACCGUGUAACCGAGGCACAGAUGAGGCUUUUACAGCCCUCUGUUCUUUAAAAUAACAAUUUCUAAUUAUCUUUUUUUAGAUCGUCACCCUAGAGAAGAAGGCAUCCACGACGACCAGCUGGACGACUACCUGAACACCGCCGCCAGUGACGUACCGUCCGGUCGCGACGAGUUGGACGACUACUUGAACAUGAACACAGACGAUGCGCUGACUGGACAUGAACGCCCUCAUCUGACUGAAUAUUUGAACACGGCUACGGCUGAUGUGUUGACUGGACGGGAGGAGAUGGACGAAUAUUUGAAUACAGCUGCUUCUGAAGUCGCUACAGCUCGUGGACAAGGAGAUGUGCUGACGGACAAGGUGAGCGAACUUGGAUUGGAAGAGGAGCACGAUUUGAUGACUGGCAUCAGUCUUGGUGGAAGCAAGGGUAAGUUAUUGAGGAACUGAGGGUUUUUUGGAGACAAGUUAUACGAUAAAUAAUAUUUUUGGUUGUGUUAUGCUUUGUAAAGAAAGUUCUUGCCGUUUUUUUGUUUUGUAAAGAACGUUUUUGCUAUUUUUUGUUGGCCUUAACCGAAGUAGACAAAAAUAAGAGUAAAAUGUUUUAAAAAUUACAAUUUGAAGAUGUUUUCGAUGUCAAUUUGGAUACUUCUGACAUUUCAAUUUUUUUAAAAUAUUUUAUGGAAUUUGUUUAAAUUUUUUGACAUUUGCAGAACUUUAUGACAUUUUAAAAUAAAUUUUUGAUUUUUCAGCCUACAUUCCCAAACUCGAAGUGAAGAACAUUUACACUCCAGCUCCAACCGCCUUGAGCCAGUCCAAUGCCGCUAAAAAAUUAUUAACAAAUCUCUGGCACACACCUUACAUUAGAUGGAAAUAA